AGUUAGAGUCGCUCUUUCAACUUGUUAGACUCAAUUACCCAUUCUAUUAUCACUAUUUUUCAUUCUUAAAUUGUUUUACCCUUCGUUUUAUCGUAAAAAAGUAAAAUUUACUUGUAUUUUUUUCGAAUAACAUGUAAAAAUGGGUCAACCCGCCCUGCUCCGUAACCACGCGGGUUUUACCCGCCCCGCCCCGUGGUAGCGUGGGCGGGGCAUGGGAAUUGAGGUACCCGCCCUGCCCCGCCCCAUUGCCAUCACUAAUCGCAUGGAGAAUUCUUGUUUGCUCUACUCGGCUUUGUAUAUAUUCGCUGCACGAGUACUGAACCGAUAUACAAAUUGAUCGCUAUCUAUGGAAAACUUCCGAAAGAGAGAAACGGGAAAUUGCUACGUACUGUGGGUAAAAAGUAAAAACCGAUACGUCUUUACUUAAUUACCAACUUCAACUUUUACCAAGCCCAAAGGCCAAAAGUGUGCAUAUAUAUUCGGAAAUGGCUGGCCGCUGUUUUGUCGUGAUGUGGUUCGUCUUAUCUUGCCAGCAACGUUGAUGACAAUGCCAGCGGCCAAUAAGAAGAGAGAUACAGACAUUGCCAAAUAAGAAGGUGAGUGUACAGCGAAUGGUUUUGCGUUUGAGUCGGAUAUUCAUUUCGGACAAUGGUUUGUCCUUAAAAACACACUCACAUUACAUUAGAAACAAAAGUGCAGAGAACAAAGCUCAACUUUACUAACUACCAUACAAAAACAAAGGCAAAAUCAACCACAUUCUUCCUUCUAACACUUAACCACACAAACUAGCUAUUUAUAUCACUAUCCGAAAUGAUCCAUGGAUGCCACUUGUGCAUAACCAUUUGUCGAAAUCGGGCUCUGCUCAAUUAGUACGAAAUUGUCUGCUUUGCGUCAAACCCGCACAGUUUUACAUUUGGGUAUCCUCCCCAAAAGACCUCGUACUAAUUGGGCUAGGUGGACGCUAAUAUACAAUGGUUUUUUAUUUCCUUUGUAUCUCCGAUGUGGUACUUCAAUGGUCCCAUAACAAUCCUCCCCUCAAGACAAAGACCACGUACAUCGUGUUCACUCCUCAGCGAUUAUCUUCAAUGGGUUUCUCGAUACAAGGAUUUUCCCAGAGGCAGAACUCUCUUUGAUAUUCUUUCCAAAUGCAGACCUUCCUUGAUCCGCAAAACAAACGUGGAUCUCUCCUGGAUCCACCAGACAGACGCAGAUCUCAAAUCCCGAGGUCAUCGAAUGAGGGUCCCACAAUACUAACGUCCACCGCCCCGAAUCCACCAAACCACACUUUGAUUCCACUUGUUGAAUCCGGAUAGCUCCAUUAGUACGGUAUUGUCCGUUUUGCAAAAAGCCUCGUACAAAUUGGGCUAGGUGGACACUCAUAUACAAGAGUCUCUUCCCUUGUAUAACCGAUGUGGUACUUAGAUUGUCUCAUAACACCAUUCCUUAACAACUCUAACAGGGCCUGAAUCUUCUGCAAAAGCUUUACUUAAGAUAGACUUUUCCCAGCAUAAACUCUUAUGCAUCUCUCCCGCCAUAUUUCACUGAUUAUGGCCCUCCAGAUCAACCGCCCUCUUACUGGAGUUUGGUUCCCACCUACAAAUAGAGAAGUUGCUAAUGCUAGAGACUCUGACCAGCAGCUCCCUAUUAGUGUGAAAGACUGGAAAAUAGCUUUCAUGAGACUCAGCGAGUAAGGGAAGCUAAAGAACAAAUGAUCCCUAGAUUCUUCAGCAGUCAAACAGAGAGCACACUUUAACCUUGUUAAAAGUAGCAAUCAUAUUGAGGAUAAACAACCAAGCAAUUACCUUGCCUCUAGGAGUGCAAUAAGACUGUCAAACCAAGUUGUACCAUGGAAUUGCUUCAUUCUUUGGUUGGACAGACUCCUAUACCCAUUUCACAGAAAUUACUACCAUAAGACCAUCAUCCCAUAACAAACCACCAGACCUAGUAUGGAGAUGCCCCUCAGCUAGAUGCUUAGAGUUUAGGACUUUCCUCAAUACCCAUGAACAAGUUAUGCUUGUUGAGAUGUCUCGGAUGGAUGUGUAACUCAACUGAUAGCUCCUAACCCAAUUUUUCCAAAGUUCCAGCUUUGUAGGUCUUUAUAGCCCAAUCCCCUUUCUUUUUUUAGGUUGAGCAACAAACUUCCCAAUGAUCUUAGCCUUUUCCCCUCUUCCUCUGAGUUCCAUAAGAAAUCUAAGCAUAUUUUUUCUACCAUUUGAUUACCUUUACUGGGAGCUGCAUGAUGCUCAUCCAGUAUUCAGCUAUAUUGGAGAUCACUACUGACACCAAUUGUAGUUUACCAAUAAAUGAGAGAGGCUUUACAGUCCACCCCUAACUCUGGCAGUGAUCUUCUCCAUCAAAGCUUUGCAGUCUCUAGAGUUCAGUUUGCUAGCACAAAAUACCUGAUGGGAAGUGUGCCUACUGGAAAUUCAGUUCCUUGAGAAUUGAGUUGUUGUGUACUCUUAUAAACUCCAGCACAAAAUACUUUGCUUUUGUGGGAUUGCACUUGAACCUAGAAACUUCGUAGAACAUAUCUAGGAUCCUCUUAGCAACCUGCACAGGCUCAUAGGUACCCUUAGUAAAGAUCAAUAAAUUGUCUAUAAAGCAUAAAUGUGAUUAUCCCAUCCUAUGGGUUUGGAGUGAGGAGGGAGCUUUUUAAGGAAAGCUGCUCUGUUAAUUAUGAAUGAUAGAAUUUCCUUGGAUAUGGUGAAGAGAUAAGGGUACAAACGGUCCCAUUAUCUCAACUCAUUCUUGGCAAGUAACCACAUAGUCCUCCAUUAAAGCAUACACUAAGUUUUGUAUUAGUAAGACAGAUCCUAAUCCAACCAAUAAACUCUCAAGAGAACUUCAUUGCUAUCAACACAGACUCCAAAACAACCCAAUCUACACUAUCAAACGCCUUCAUGACAUCAAUUUUAAUUGCACACCUUGGGGAAACAGUUUUAUGAUGAUAGAGUUUUACCAUUUCAUGAGCCAACAUAAUAUUAUCACUUAUUAGUCUAUCUUUUAGGAAGGCAAACUAAUUCAGACUAAUGACUAGAGGCAAGACUUCUUUAAUCCUAUUUGCUAAGCCUUAAGUGAUACACUUUCAAAGGAUGUUGCAGCAGGAUAUAGGUCGAAAUUGUCUCAUAGUCUCAGCAUUCAAAGCAAUAGGAAUAAGUGCUAAAGUAUGUAGAUUUACCUCUAAUAGUAGUCGAUUAGAAUAGAAGAAUUCUUGCACUACCAUGACUACAUCCUCACAAAAAAAAUUCCCAGUUAUAUUGAAAAAACCCUUAUGUGAAUCCAUCGGGUACGGGUGACUUAUCAUCUUUCAUGGAGAACAUAGCAAUCUUUACUUCCUCUCUAGAUACUGGAUCACAGAGUGGACCAGAUUUUUUUGCCGAUAGGUGAUGCAUAAGCAGUUGAGAGAUAAGAACAUCAUCCACCUUUUCACUUCUGAAUUUGCAGUUACAGUCCUUUGUAAAAUUAAUCGAUUCCUUGCUUCUGGUUUUUUAAUUCUAUUUAGAGGCCUAAAUCACUAUCCUCUUCUUCUGCAGAAAGUUAUGGAAAACUUUGGUGUUUAAUUCUCCAUUCUAAAUCCAUAAUAGUCUAGUUUCUGCCUAUACAGGUAUUCUUCUUCAUGUAGCACUGGAUUGAGCCUAUCCUAACUGUCAUUUAUAGCUUGGAAAGUGAUAGGAGAUGGGAGGAUCAAAGAGUUGUAAUCCUUCAAGUUGUCUUCUGUUUUUUGCUACUCUUUUUGAUAUGUUUGAGAAACAGGAUCUAUUAAAGGACUUGAUGCUUCUUGACUUCUCUUAGUUUUUAACAGACUAUGUACUUAGGAAUAAGUCUAGAAAUGAGACUGCCAAUAGUUAAAGUACUAUUAAAAGGCUUUGGGAGCUUAUCAGUCUAUGAUUCCGUCCUUACCAACAUCCCACAGUGAUCAGACAAUCCUGGGAGAAGGAGUUGAACUAACUCUGAUGUCGAGCUAGAAGGUUCCCUUGUCCAAUAAAACCAGGGCCCGUCAAAUUUGUUAUCCUCCAAUUCCAUAUCUUCAAUCCAUUUACAAAAAAUUUCCAUACUCAGUGUUUAGCCUGGGUUAUUAGAAGCUUCUAGGAGGUCUUUGAUGGCACUGAAGUCGCCAAGAACAAGCCAAGGGUUAAUGUCUGGCUUUAGGGGAGAUCUCUGGUACAUUUUGAGCCUCUCAUCAUCAUCAUUUGAACCAUAUACAUAAGUAAUUUUUGUAGCUACUUGACCUCUUACUUUCGGCGGAGUUGAACACAACACUGACUUCGGCCAGGUUCUUCUAUCAAUCUCCUAAAAAAUGCUUAACUCCUUACUCCGUAAACGGGUCACUGGUUGAUCUGAUCAGACCCCUUUUGACUGUCAUGGCUACCCCCUCACUCGACAUAGGCUCCAUGGAUAAAUUGGUCAGUUUUUUCCAAAACCACAAAGUUCAACUCCUUAUUCCAGAAAACUCGUACACGACACAGAUUAGAGUGCUCAUAGUUAUGAGAAAAUUCUCAACUAGCAAAAUCCGUACUGACUAUCUCUUUUGAUUUUCCUUCUUUUACCUGUGUGUUAAUAACACAAAAAUAUCUACUUUGAAUCUAGACACAACAUCCAAUACUUGCUUCUCCUUUUUGGAGUGAUUAAAUUCCCUCAUGUUCCAAACAACAACAUUAAACGCUUAUUUUUUGGGUUUGCAGGCCUCCCAGACUUUUUCUUACCUUGCUUCCUUUUACCCUUUCCACCGUCACCAAUAUGUCAUUAGUUGCAAGGGUUUGAAACUGGUUCUUCAUUGAUGUUAUACCAGCUAUUUCCUUUCCAUUAUUACCGGCGAUAACAGCUUGGAACUCAUUUUCAGUAAGCAGCUGAACCUUUGUAUCUACAUUGGUACUCUGCCAAUAAGUCAUUAAAAGAGCAAGGCCCAAACGAGAUUGGAGGCUCAAUAGGGAAAAUUAAUGGGAUAGCUCCAAGAAAGACUUUUAAGGCCUAAAUGAGUUGGUGCUUAUGGAUGAAUUCUUGUACAAGAAAGCAUCUUUAAUAUCCUUAACCCACGUGAGUGUGAGGCCAGCAAAGGAGGAAGAUUUGGAGGGUGAGUUCGGCAAGGAAGCGAGAAGUGGGUGCCCAAAUUUGUUAGCUUUUGACAGGUCUAUGAGGGGCGUCGCUAGAAGAACUAUGCGACUACUCGUACCGGAUUGGAGGAAAAAGAAGCGCAAGAAGCCGAGGAGUCAGCGCCUGUAUUGCACAAAAAAGGUGAAGGAAUGGGUGCAAUUGGUCAACCUUGAGAGCAAUAAGGUUGGUCUUAAGCGAGGAAGGGUAUGACAGAAACAUGAUUUAUUAAGGAAAUUGGGUUUCUAUCCUAUUUAUUAUUAUUAUUAUUAUUAUUAUUAUUAUUAUUAUUAUUAUUAGUAGGAUUAUUAUCAAUAUAUAGCUAGUAGUCUUUUAGUAGAAUUAGGUUAUUUAUUAUGUUUUCAUAUUCCGCUAUAAAUAUUUACUUGGCAAUAUUUAUUCAGAAUCAAUCAAGAAUCAAUUAGCACAAUAUCCCCUUAAAUCCUAAUCUAUCUUCUCUCAUUCUUCCUUAUUCUACCCUAGUUCUUCCUCAAUUCUUUUCUAAAUCUUUAAAUUGCUACAAUUUCCCGAUUUCACCAAUCCGAUCGAUAGAAUCCUAUAAAUAGGUUUCUAGCACAAUCGACAUUAUUAGAUGACAUUAUUAAUUAAAUAAGUCCAAUUUGUGAGGCGGGCAGGCGAAUAUAUUGCCAACAAUAUUCAUCACGCUCAUCACCAAUUCUGCAGGGACCGGAAAAGGAACAAACAAUUAGCGGAACAAUACACUCGAUUCAUUGUCGAAGACCCCACCGAUGGAACCCUAGAUCUCGAAUUGAGAAGAACAAUGGGUGAAAGGAAAUUAUUUUUCAGGCUUUAGGUUAGAAGAAGAGGAAGAACGAUGAUGGAAGAACGAUUGUGAAUUUUGGUCCAAAUAUGUUUUUUAAUUGAAAACCUACAUUAUAAAAGAAUUAAUUUGACAAAAUCCUACAAAUAAAAUUUCUAUGAUUUUGAACGAGGAAUUUGAGGCUAGAUCUCUCGUGAAAAUUUUCAUUCAAAUGACGCAUUAAUACAUUGUUGUGCUUCAUUUAUAAACAUAAAUAUGUACACAACCCUUGACGCUCUAACAUCAAUAAAAAUCAAUGAGAAUAAUAUUCGAGAAUUGAAAUAAAAAAUUUAAUUUAUAACAUAUAUAAAGCCUUUAAUAAUAAUAAUAAUAAUAAUAAUAAUAAUAAUAAGUAUUUUGACAACAAUGAUUUAUAGCGUUAGCUAUAUUAGAAUCAAUCAAUCAUCAAGUCAACUUAUUACGUGGAGGCUUAUCAUUGUAACCACCAGUUUUCGCAUUUGGACAAUCAUUUAUUACUUUUGCAUUAAUAUGAUAUGCAUAACUUGAUUUGCAUCAAUAUCCAUUGCAUAAUUUAAUCUUCAUUGUUGGUUGUAACUAAAAUAAUCAGAAUUUUUUAUUUGGGUUGUUGGGAUGAUGCUGUAAUUUUUCAUUCUUUGUUGUUUGUUUGUUUGGUGUGUGGAUUGUUAGGAGCAUCUCUAUACUUGAAUUAACGGGCUAAGAUGAAACUUUUACCUUUUUUUUAAAAAAAAAGGCUUUAUUUACCCGUAUAUCAUCAUCAGUGGCGGAUCUAGGGUGGCCACCCUGGGUCACGGCCCAACCCUCCUCUAAAUCUGGAACUAGUAGUCCUUAUGCGUUUAUCGAUUUUAGUCAUUUGGCCCAGUGUUCUUUUAUAAUAAAAUUGUGUGUAAUUAGGAAAAUGAGCAAGAUGAACAUAUUCAAAUCUUAACUCUAAAUUUAGUCUAGAAAUUCUAGCUCAAAUGAGUCUCGUCUAAAGAAAAACAAACAAUGAAAUCUAAAAUUCAAAAAGUCUAAAACGUAAAAAGCUAAAAGAAAUAUCAGAUUUGUUCACUUGAAAAAUCACUAGAGCAGGUGGUGGAAAUAGGGAUGGAUACACAAUACAAAUUGAUUAAUCGAUUGAUUUGUCUAGUGUUGACAUUGUCCGUUUCAACAGCUACUAUGGAGAGAACUUUUUCAACAAUAAAACAUAUGAAAAAUGAUUUACGCAAUAAAAUGAGCGAUGAAUUUCUCGUCGACUGGUUAACUAUUUUAUUUGAAAAGGAGUAGUAUGCGAUUAGUAUGGAUGUAGACUCAUUUAUUGAUGAUUUCACUAUAUUAAAAGAUCGACGUGUACAAUUGAUAUUGUAAAAAAAAUUAUAAUUUUUUGCGGUAUCUAGUUUUUUAAUGAAAUGCGGCCAGGUAC